AUGUCAUGGUCCAUUCAAAAGUGUCUGGUGGUCUGGAUUUGGCCCACAGUUUGUCUAUUGACUAUCCUGAUCUAAACUGUGCAAGAUGACACCUUUACAAUUAGAAAAGUAAUUAAAUCAAUUGCUGAUCAAUCUCCCUGUAACAGCACCUGUUGUACAGGCAGUGCGUAGCAAAUCAACUCGUGUAGACUUCAAGAGGCUCCUGUUGAUUAUCACAGCCUGUUUACAGUACAAUUUCUACUGUGAUUGUGUCAGCAUUGUAUUUUAUAAUGCAGUAGUGCUCUAACACCAUUAUAAAUUGUGCAGAGGGCAUCAAAUUGUGUUAUAAUCAUGGUACAGCCCUGUAAAGACCUGACCUUUCUCCAGUAUGAUUUAUAUGUAGUUGGUGCUAGCACAGUCUGAACAGAAUUGCUGCUAGCAAGGUCUGAGUAUAGUUUUCCUGCCCCCUGUGUUCAAAGGAUUGUUUUCCUGAAAAGUGUGCUAGCCAAACUGUUCUCUAGCAUCCCUCUAAGUAGCCUGUACCCUUGAUUCUCUUGCAUGGUUACAUAAUAUUUUAAAAUCCUCUUCACAAUGGUCACAAAAACACAUGCUAGAUGCUGCUACUAAUAACCAUAUUUAAAAAGUUGUUGCAAGGAGAACGUCAAUCGUAGGCUCUAGGUCCUGUCUAUGCUGUAGCAAUUACUAUGAUGGUGGGGACCCAAUUACAAUACAGUUGUUUUCUGACAUAUAUGAAGUUAGAAGUGAAAACACUGUUUUAAACUGUAUCUCCGAAUCAUCCUACAGCCUUGGACUUGACAGGGUUCCAGUACAGUUCAGGAACAUAAUACAACACACUUUGGUUCUAGCUAUACCGCAGGACUGCACUGUCUGUUAGCUAGGUUGGGGGGUUACCAAGUUGCAAUCAGGUCACCCACACCUGCAGUUUUUACAGCAUGAUUGGGUUCUACAUUGGGCUGUUUCUAAAAAUAACUCCAGUAUAAAUAUUUAUUUAAAAGUUCAAAGAAAUGUUAAAAUAAAAUCUAUAUUUUAUUUUCCUCUGACUUAUUUUUCCCCUUUCCAGCCCUAAUGUAUUAGUAGGAUUUUGUGUACUGAAAAAGUAAAUCCCACCCAGGCUGUCCUGGGGACAGGUGGGAAAAGAUUGAGUAGAACCAGUUAUACAUGUAUUUCCUUUUCCUUUCUCUGGCUGUUAGAGAAAGAAACCUUGGAGAAUUCAGAGUUUACCCCUGGAGAAUUACUCCAAUUUCAGUCUCCAUAAAGCAUUAGAGACGCACCUAAGCAACAAUGCUCAGGCACUGAACCAAAGUCGGGGUUGGUCAGAGUCAGGGUUUUUGUUUCUCUGCAUGGAAAAUGGGGCUGUUUUGCUGUGGGAUUUUCAGGGAAUGCCUGUGGCUGAAAGGUAGCCAUAUGCUAUCUUUCUUUCAUUUUUAACGACCACAAGGAAACUCGCAUUUUAAUAUGUAAUUAGCAUUACUCAGCAGUAAGCAAAAUUAUAUCUAAAAUGUGGAGCUUCCUUUUUAAUAAAUACGGGAGUAAUUUUCCCUUAGUAAUACUCAGACUUGUUUGCAUGAGCAAGAAAAAGAGGUAGGCCGUCAAAUAGAGAGGCUGCCUUAUGGGCUAUUCUGCCUUGGGGGGAAAGGCUGCUGCAGGCAAUCCACAAUCUAUGCAUCUGAACCAUCGCUGCAAUUCCUCUAGUCAGUAGAUAGGGGCAUUGUCAUUACCAGAACUUGUCAAAGUAAAGUGCACUUGAGCCAAGAGCAGAUCUCCCCACAACAUGCAUGCUCCAUGCCUGCCAAUGGAUCGGGGGAGGCGGGAGAGGGAGGAGUGUGGGCAGCAGGCUUCAGCAGAUGUUACUGAGCAUGCUCAGUCCCUGGGAGCAUGCUCAGUACAAUCCAUGCAGCAAAUGUGGGGGAAGCAUGCGUGUUGCCUCUGCUCCAGAUAGCUCCUUUAUAGGAAAUUAAAUCAAAUAUUUGAAGAUAAACAGCAAGGAGUGAGAGUAAUUGUUUAAAGAGAUAAACAAGAGCAAUGGGAUAAAGUUAAGCAAGUAAACCUACAUGAUGGUUAUUAAGAAACAUUUUUAAAUAUUUUGAAAUCUACUAGUCAUUAGAAACAUUUCUAACAGCCCUCUUAAACUGUGGAAUAGUCUCCUGAGAGGAAGGCCUGUCACUUGACACGCUUCAAACUAGACUGGAUAAACUACUACAAAAUGUGCUGUAGAAACAAACUACUCCUGGUGAAUGGAUUGAAUGGCUGGUAGAUAUUUUUUUUUUUUAAUCUGCAACGUACGUGAUAUUAGCACAACUUUCUUCAGAAGGCCUUACAGAAAAGUGGUACAUCGAGUCAGCUCUGCAAAGGCUACCAGGAAAACGUAACAAGCCCUAUAACAGUUCCUGGCUGUAGCAUUCUGCUCUCCAGAGCAGUUCCCAAAGGAAUGAUCCUGAAAUAGGAAAAGUUCUACUCUGUUGGGGAGGGAAAAGGGAGUUGAAAUGUUAUUCCAAAUUCAUUAAGGAUUUUCAGACAGUCACAACCCACUCCAACAAAUGCUGACAAAGAUAGUGAAGAAGAGAAGCAGUUCAGGAAUAUAUUCCAGCAGAUUGCCGGAGAUGACAUGGAGAUCAGUGCUGACGAACUCAGAAGUGUUCUGAAUAACGUUCUAAAAAAACACAAAGACCUGAAGACAGAAGGGUUUGCGCUGGAGUCCUGCCGCAGCAUGAUUGCCUUAAUGGACACAGACGGUUCAGGGAAAAUAAACUUCGAGGAGUUUCGACACCUCUGGGAUAAGCUGAAAAGCUGGCAGAAAAUUUUCAAACAUUAUGACACAGAUCAUUCUGGCACCAUUAACAGUUACGAGAUGCGUAAUGCAGUCAAAGAUGCAGGAUUCUGCCUGAACAAGCAGCUCUAUGACAUCAUUACAAUGCGCUAUGCUGACAAAAACAUGAACAUUGACUUUGACAGCUUUAUCUGCUGCUUUGUGCGACUGGAAGGAAUGUUCAGGGCAUUCCACGCCUUUGAUAAAGAUGGAGAUGGUAUCAUUAAACUCAAUGUCUUGGAGUGGCUGCAGCUCACCAUGUAUGCUUAAAUCGACCUGGCCUCCCUCGCCUUGUGCAUGAACACUGCCCACGACGCUCAGGAUUUCUGUUGGAAGCAACCAGCCUCAGAAUAUGAAGGACUUCCCAACACAGCUGCUUCCCCUGCCAGGAGCCACUGAGCAAAGAACGAUUGUUACCCAAGGCAACUUGCACGUUCCAAUGCUGAACUCGAGGAAGGCACAAUAUAAAAAUAGAUGGCACUACCUUUUAGGAAAGUGACUAGAGCUCACUACCUAAAAACUAGUCUA